GGGGUUUGGUUAUGAGUAGGGCUGCUUUUGGGAACUGCAGCAUCACGUGGGCUCCGUAAGUGUGAGAGCUGCUGUGUGUGCUGAGGUCUCACUUCACUCACACAAAGAUCAGCGCCAUGGGGCUCAGCACAGCUCUGCCUAUCCCUGUAGGCUAGGUGUCCCAUUGCCAGGCUUUGCAGCCUCCAUCCCUCCUUCUGCAGGCACCGAGCCAUAAUUUUGGGAAUGCUGGUGGAAAUUCUCUCCCUGUUUCCCCACCGCAGCACGGGCAGAGCUUGGGACCCCAAACUCCCUGCAGCCUUCUUUUCUCCCCCCCAGCUGAGGCUUUGUUUACUGCCGCCAGCUCAGAGCAGGGAGGGAAGGUUAUAUUUAACAUCCAGCAGCCCUGCCUGGGACAGGGCUGUAAAUGAGACCCUGAAAAAAUGAGCCACUUGUGGGGCUGUACAAAAAUACACCGGAGCCAGACGGCUGCGUUCGCUCUGCUGAUGCAAGGCUGGGCGCUGCGGGGCCGCCGACCCCGGGGCAGGGAAGCGCUGCUCAGAAACCCUCCAUUGUGCCCCGCCGCCCUGGGUUCAAAUAAACUGCAAUUUUCAUUCCAAAACCAUAAUGUUGGCUUGCACGCAGCGCAGCUUUCCCUGCCCCAGGGCCUCGUGUUCCUCUUGUUUGUGCCCUCCCCAGCCUUGCCCUGGGCUGUGGGGCAGAAGAUGCUGCUCCAGAUACCCAAAAAUACAAAGAUUUGUUCACCGAAACUGGGGGACUGGGGGGGGGGUUUGGUUCCAAACCCUGCUUUGCCACUGGGCUGGGCAGUCUUCGUCCUCAUUCCUGGAACGAUGCUGGUUUUAGUGAAAGGGGAAAACCCAGAGAAAAGCAAUAAAACCAAAACCCAGCUGCAGGGCAGAGUGCAGAGUUAGGGCUGCGGAGGCAGGUGCUGGAGGCUCUGCCAUCAGCUUCCCCUGAAUUCAUUUCCCCAGAUGCAUUUAUUCAUCUCUGAGGUGAGAGGAGAGUAAAACCUCGCUGUUCACAUCUGCCUCUAAUUGCACCCUCACGGGUCUGCAGCCCAGGAGCACCAUUUAUAUUUAUUCCCUAUAGGCACAGCCCUGGCUGGAGAUCCCUGUCCUGUGCCCACGGAGCUCAGGGCUGCAUCGUGUCCACUUGGCAUUGCAAGAGGAUUUUAUCACUGCUCCUCCUUGCAGAACUCCAUCUGGGGGCAUUAAUUUCAGGCACUUGUGUUUGGUUUCUCACUGUUGUAUUCCAGCUGUGUCUCAGUGCUGCUCUCUUUCCAUCUGCUUCUCUGCUGCGUUUACCCUUCUGAUCAAAUCCUCGAUUUGAUUUCCAGCCCGGGGGUUUGGUUUGCCUCCAUUCAAACUCACAUCUCCAUGUAAAAUGAGUGCUGUGUGCAGAAAUGCACAUAAAGAUAAGCCUUGCUCGCCGAUGGAAGAUUGUUGAGUAACUUUCUCCAAAGCAGAGAUGAGGCAUCGCCACCCUUAAUGAACAAACUCAAUGUCCUGCAAUGUGUCAUUAGGGGAUAUCAGGAGUUUGUAGCUGGGAGCUGUGGCUUUGACCCUUUGCACUUGGCAGGUUUGCAGUCCUGCUCGGAUUAACGUGGCACGGUGUGGUUUUGGUGGAAAAGAGGUUAUUAUGUGAAGUGUUGUUUCUCUGGUGUCCUGCAGUGAGGUUUUUCUCGUGCACAUGCAAGCAUGCACUCCAGCCAGUUAUUCUAGCAAAGCCAGGCUUUAAAGGCUGGUAAAUGUUUAAUAACGCUGCUUUAGUACAUGCUGCUCCGUUCUCUGGUUUCUCUGUCCCUGGAGGCUCAGAUGGACAUUUCUCUACAGUUCCACCUCCUGUUGGGCUUCAAAACAACGUGAAACCAGAAAGCUGUUUCAGUAGUGUUGAGCCCACAGGCUGUGUCCUUUUGAGAGGGCACCUUUUCCAUGCUGUCCAGACUAAGAAGAUGAAACCCAAAUGUGCAACGCACACAGCUGUGGCCUUCCAAGCUGAGCCUUUCCGAGAGCCCAGCUGAGCUGUUGGUGUCAGGAGAAGCAUGAAGAGGAAAGCGAUGUUCACCUGUCCGUUCAACGGGGACUGCAAAAUCACCAAGGACAACCGGCGGCACUGCCAGGCCUGCCGGCUGAAACGCUGCGUGGACAUUGGGAUGAUGAAGGAGUUCAUCCUGACGGAUGAGGAGGUGCAGAGGAAGCGUGAGAUGAUCCUGAAGCGCAAAGAGGAGGAAGCGCUGAAGGAGAGCCUGAAGCCCAAGCUGUCGGAGGAGCAGCAGAAAGUCAUUGACAUCCUCCUCGAGGCCCACCACAAAACUUUCGACACCACAUACUCCGACUUCAACAAGUUUCGGCCCCCUGUGAGAAGCAAAGUCAGCAGCAGGACAGCAACGGAAUCCUCCUGUGUCGUGUCCCAGGAUUUCUCCUCAGAGGACUCCAGUGAUGUUUUUGGCUCCGAUGCCUUCGGUGCAUUCCCAGAGCCCAUGGAGCCCCAGAUGUUUUCCAACCUGGACCUCUCCGAGGACAGCGAUGAGAGCCCCUCCAUGAGCAUCGAGCUGCCCCACCUCCCCAUGCUCCCACACUUGGCUGACCUGGUCAGCUACAGCAUACAGAAGGUGAUUGGCUUCGCCAAAAUGAUCCCCGGAUUCAGGGAUCUGACUGCAGAGGACCAGAUUGCCCUGCUGAAAUCCAGCGCCAUUGAGGUGAUCAUGCUGCGCUCCAACCAGUCCUUCACCAUGGAGGACAUGUCGUGGACCUGCGGAAGCAAUGACUUCAAAUACAAAGUCAGCGAUGUCACCCAAGCCGGCCACAGCAUGGAGCUCCUCGAGCCGCUCGUGAAGUUCCAGGUGGGCUUGAAGAAGCUGAACCUUCACGAGGAAGAGCACGUGCUCCUCAUGGCCAUCUGCAUCCUGUCCCCAGAUCGACCCGGCGUUCAGGACACCUCGCUGGUGGAAUCCAUCCAGGACCGCCUCUCGGACAUCCUGCAGACCUACAUCCGCUGCAGGCACCCCCCGCCCGGCAGCCGCCUGCUGUACGCCAAGAUGAUCCAGAAGCUGGCCGACCUGCGCAGCCUCAACGAGGAGCACUCCAAGCAGUACCGCUGCCUCUCCUUCCAGCCCGAGCACAGCAUGCAGCUCACGCCGUUGGUGCUCGAGGUCUUCGGCAACGAGAUCUCCUGAUUCCAGCCGUGGGUUUGAGCACCCGCAUAUAAAGGGAUAAGUCAGCCUUGGCCCUGAGAGGAGAGCUGUGACCCUGGGAGGAGGUUGUACAUAGUUUGGUUUCACACUACUGCAGGUCCUGCUUUGUUUUCUUAGCCACGGCGGCCGAGGUUUGCUCGCUGCAGACCCAGAUCUGUGCAUUUCCCCCCCUCCAUGAGUGUUUUUUUCACUCAUCUGCAAGAGCUGACUUAUCCCUUUAUGGAUGUUUUGAGGCUGGGCUGCCUUGAACCACUUCCUUCUGACCAUAAACUGGGGCUGCUCGGAAGGAGAAUUUUGCAGAUUCAUGGCACUGGGGAAUCAUCGAUGGCAUCUGUUGAAUUUGAGGGACCCCUAAGCUCACCCCCAAUUUGGGAAAUGUGAUGCUGAUGGAAUUGCACACCCCAGAUCCACGCAGGAAAAUGCUGAGGCUGCUCCUCAGAGCCCCACAGACAGUGGUGAGAGGUUGGAGAAGGGAACCACAGCCAGGAACAGCCAGCCGGGCUGUGAUGUGUGUUCCCAGCACUACUGCCACCCUGUGUCCCACAUCAGCCCCACUGCUGACAGCAUCCUGUGCAGGUGUUGUCUGUUGUCGUGUUAACGAGGCCAGGCGGAGCUAAUCGGGCACGCUGAAGUUUCCUGUGCAAUGCUGGAGCUCUGGAGGGUGCCCCAUCCCCGCUGACCCCACUGAAGCCACCUCUGCAGGGUGGUGGUCCUUCAGGAGGGGUCAAUGGGAGCAGCACCGCCACGAGGACGGAUUUGGGACCAUGAAAUGCAGAGGAGCAGCGGGAGCUGAGUGCCUUGGUGGGACCCCCAGGUCACGGUUCCCUACAUGGACAGCGGGGGGUGGGACCCUGCAGGCAGCCGGACCUGGGGACAGUGCCUGGGGAUGGGCGCUGCGCGGGGGCACACGGGGCAGCGGGGCUCCAUAGCCGUGCAAAUAAACGUGGCCUGGGAGCAGCAC